AUGUCAUCCCAUUCGUCCGUGAAAAGUUCGCCGUCGUACGUUUCCUCUACGGGGAAUACAGCCACGCUGAGCCAUGGCACACGCUCCUCCAGCAACCACCGACGCCGGAAUACCAGCUUGACGGAGCCGCGCAUCGCGCCGACGCGGAUGACGGCGUUUGAGCGGCUUAGCCUCAUUCGGAAUGCCCUCACGCGGCUGCAGGACGUCUUGGAGCGGGCCCUACACAUGGCGACCCUCGACCAGGCCGGUGGCGAGGUCGUCGAGGAGUUUUGGGAGCAGCUCGGCCAUGCCGUACCGCGGUGGUUUUAUAACCACGAAACCGUCAGCCGCUCUGGGGCCGGUGGGCCGAGCCAGCAGCGCGCGAUUUAUGAGGGGGUGUUGAGUAUACAAAAAUUAGCAGAAAGGGCGUUGGAUGCGACCAGCCCACGGAAGAGCUCAGAGGCCGAGCACGUCUACAAGGGCCUUAAGCACGGUCUUGUCUCGAAUGCCCUUGACAACCUUCGUGAACUGGAGGAGCUGCUCAGCCACAAACCAGGGGAGAUGUUCACGCGCAUUCAUACUGGUCUUCUUCAAGACCAGGUUGCAAUCCACAUCAACGAUUACGACGCGUUUACCAACGUCCACCUCCUUGCGAUGAUACAGGAGAUGCUUAAUGAAGGCGUCUUUUACAGUGCUCCCGUGAUGAGCGAGUCCUCGCAGCGCGCAAGCCCUGCGGGAGUUUUCUCCGUAAUGCUUCUCGACGUCGCCGUGGGCGUACGUCCAACUAAAAGCGCGCGGAUGGUGCUGGAACACGCGAAGAUGAGUAUCCAAAAAGUCGAAAACCGCAUCGUCAUUGCCCACAAGGCCCUAGAAGGGCUCUACCCCAGCAGCGGCUCUGACCUCCGAGCUGCUGCAAACACGGAAAGCCAAUUCCAGGCGUACACGGUGAUGCUCGAUCGCAUUCGCUCCUCCCUUAACGAGCUUUCCCAGAUGCAAGGCCGCUGGGAAACUGAGGAGGACGACAUCUUUGGCGCCGCUGCCUCCGGGGAUUAUGACCUCAACGUCCUUCUGCAGACGAAGUCCUUAAAAGAGAUGGAGAUCGUCGAGGAGGCGCGGCGCAUCUACGACACGACCCUCCACGCCUGUCUUCCUUUUGCCUCGCCGCAGUACCACCGGCGCUACGCGGAGACCUACGGCCAGCCCUGCCACCUCCGCAUCGCCCUCCACUUCGCCGCCCCCUCCGGCCCCUCGCGGCGGGUCUUUACGAUGACCCCGCAGUUCGCGUCGUUAAUCGCCUCGCGGAGCCUCCCGGAGGAGGCCCACCAGCGCUAUGCCUACCUCGCCCCCAGCAGGGAUGAGCUUUGGAUGGCCUGGGGGGAGUUCCCCGAGAUGGUAAAAGGCACUCGGUGCGUCCUGCGCGGCGUGCACGCCCGGCUCGACCACUUCAGGGCCCUGGAGGAGCAGAAGGAGAUCGGAGGGUACUUCGUGGUCAACGGGAACGAGCGAAUUCUCCGCCUGCUUCUCAUGCAGCGCAGCAACAUCGCUAUCAACAUCGAGCGCGAUCGGUUUGAGCAGCAGGGGCCGAAUUUCUUAUCGAAGGCCGUGCUGAUCCGCAGCAAGCGCCCCAGUGGGAUCACGGUGCAGAACUACUUUUAUUAUACCUCCGUCGGGGAGAUCGUCUUCAGCUUCGCGCGGAAGGUGAUCUGGCAUAUCCCACUUCCCCUACUUCUGCUCGCCACCAGCACCCAAUGCAUCUCCACCGUGGAGCUUUACCGAUUCCUGACGAUCGGGAUGCCCGAGGACCACCACCUCGCGCGCGUCGAGGUUUUGAUUCAGCAGCACCUAAAGAAGCCCUACAGCGGGUUAACGAAUUACCUCGACUUCAUCACCGUGCUCGGGCGGAUGUACCGCGGGUACCACCAAAACUCCAACGCCUUUCACUUUCUCCCGCAGUUCGUGCGGGGCGGGGAGAGGCUCCCGCAGCAUGACGCCUGGUAUGGGGUUUUUCUUCUCCGCCGCCACCUCCUCCCGCACCUCAACGGUGACGUCCCGACGCCGGACCUCGCGCCCGAGGCGGACGCCGCGGCGCUGCGCCGUUGGCUCCCGCGCGGCCUCCUCGACGAGCUCGACCGCAAGUUCGACGCCCUCAUCGCCAUCACCCGCCAGCUUUAUUGCUUUGUUGGCGGGCAGUCCGCACACCAGGGGAACGACUCCCCGGCCUACCAGGAGCUUUUCAGCAUCUCGCAGGUCCUUAUGGGGGCCUUUGAGGUCUGUCUGAACCGCUUUUUCAGGGUCUUCGCGCUUCACUUCGGUCGCCACCUGCCGGAGAGCCUACUUCACACCGUCUUGGGAGGGACGAAAACGGGAAGGGCGGGGGAGGUGAUGCGGCAGCUGCGGGAGUACACGGGCUACGCCGCUCGGCAUAGCGCCACCGACCCGCUUGAGCCGCUCCACCGCUUUUUCAUCACCGGCAACCUCAACCUCGACCGCGAGGAGGACUUUUACUACCCGCAAACCAGUGGAUGGGUCGUGAUGGCGGAGCACCUUAAUUUUUACCGCUUUUUUGAGCAGCUCCGCUGCGUGCACCGCGGCCGAACCAUCGCCGGGAUGCGCUCGAGCGAGGUGCGGAAGUACCCUUGUGAGUCCUUCGGCUUUAUCUGCAUGGUGCACAGCCCCGACGGGGAGGACUGCGGCGUGCUCAACCACCUCAGCAUUUCCACCAUCGCCGCGGAGGCCUUUGACGUAUCGCCCGAUUCCGCCCCGCGGCGGCAGAUCGAGGCGUGGGUGGGGGAGGUUUUGCCGAACCUGCGGAGCCGUCGCGGGCAGGUUUCCCUUCUCGAUCGCCUCCUGGCGACGGUGCCGGUGUGGGUGGAGGGCGAACUGCGGGGCUACGCCACCGCCGCCGAGGCCCUUCACGCGGCCGAGGAGCUGCGGCUCCGUAAAACCAUUACGCGGCGCGCACUCAUCGACGCGAACGGCCUCACCCGCCGCCGCGAUGUGUCCGUUUUACACACCUUGGAGGUGGUUUACGUGGCGCCCGGUGAGAAGGAUCCGGCCGGGCUUUAUCUCUUUUACGGCGGCGGCCGCCUCAUGCGCCCGGUCCAGCGCAUCGAAACGGAAUCGUCGGGGUCUGCGGUGGCGCCGUCCGAGAAGGCGCUCGCCUUCCCGCUGGUUUAUGUAGGGACGUGGGAGCAAACCUGGCUGGAUAUUGCCAGCGUCCCGAGCGAUCUCCUCGACGCGGUCACGCAGCUUAAUCGCAAGUUCAUCUACAUGGAGCAGUCCGGGAGCAACAUCCUUUCCCUGACCAGCGCGACGAUCCCUUUCUUCGAGUACAACUGCUCGCCGCGAAAUUUAUUUCAGUGCGGCCUCAGCAAACAAUCGGCGGGCACGCAGCUGCAGGCGAUGAGCUGGCGGAAGGAGGCGAAGUUAUUCCGCAUGUACACCCCGCAGCGAUACCUUUCACGGACCCUUCCCAUGGAUUACUUCGACCUCGACGAUGUCAACCUCGGCGUGAACGCGGUGGUGGCGAUUUUGGCCUACACCGGCUUUGAUAUGGACGACGCGGUGAUUUUGAACAGCACCGCCUCGCAGCGCGGGAUGUUGAACGCCGGGGUGACGAUCGCCAAGAUCGUCCACGCCUCGGGCCGGGGCGAGAAGGACGACCUUUUUGUCUUCCACAACCUCGUCGACGUCGAGCGCGGGGAGUGUUUUAGCGCGGAGUUGCAGCCGAACGGGCUGCCGCUGCCCCGCGCGAUCCCCGACGCCGCCGGCUUCGAUCUCGCCGACCACGCCCACCCCUCGUUGGGCGAUCCCACGCCGGUGUACUGCUGCGCGAAGCGGGUUGCCCGGGCGAACCCCCUGACGAACCGCGUCGAGUACGUCUACACCCACCACCAGACGACGAAGUGGCAGCACUUCGACCGGGGCGAGCGGGGGUGGGUGGAUCGGGUGGUCCCCCUGGCCUACGACGGGCCGGACCCGGUGAGCGCGAUGCUGAUCUUCCGCAUCCCGCGGCCCCCGGCGGUCGGGGACAAGUUCGCCUCCCGCCACGGCCAAAAAGGGACGCUGCCGCUGCAGAUCCGCGCGCACGACCUCCCUUUCACCACCCGCGGCGGCCUCACGCCGGACGUGAUCAUCAACCCCCACGCCUUCCCCUCCCGCAUGACCGUCGGGAUGGUGCUGGAGAUGCUCACGGGGAAGCUCGCGGCGCUGGAAGGGCGGUUUGUGGACAACAGCGCGUGGGCGCUGGCCGGGGAGCGGCCCCGGGCGGCCGAGGCGAUCGGCGAGGCCCUCGCCCGCGCGGGCUUCAGCCGCCACGGCCGGGAGUCCCUCGUGGACGGGGUCAGCGGCGAGGCGAUGGAGGCGGACGUCUUUGUCGGGGUCGCGGGCUAUCAGCGGCUGCGGCAUAUGGUGAACGACAAAUGGCAGGCCCGCGCCCGCACCGACGCCCACACCCACCGCGCCGUCACCAAAACCGGGCAGCCGGUGAAAGGGCGCAAACGCCACGGCGGGGUUCGCGUGGGGGAGAUGGAGCGCGACGGCCUCCUCUCCCACGGCGCGAGCGAGGUUGUGGUGGACCGUCUUAUGCACGUCUCGGACAAGACCAGGGCCUUUAUCUGCGUCCACUGCGGCGGGCUGCUCUCGAUCUACGAGCGCUACGCGUCGGAGUACGCCACGUGGAAGACCUGCCGAUUCUGCGGGGCGGGCACCGACGAAGGGACGGAUAAGAUCGCCAUGGUGGAGAUCCCGCAGGUGCUGAGGCUGUGGGCGUCGGAGCUCACAAGCAUUGGUAUCCGCGUCGUGCUGAAGACCUCAUAA